AGCGCUUGCUAACUUAGUUAGCUCUACAAAUUGGGUCACACAUGGGAGUGCGAGAGGAAGCUGGUGAAUGCAAUCUCUCACACACAGGAAUGAGCGUCAGAUGGAGGGACGUUUAUUAUGCACAUAAAUUAUAACACCUGCUAUAAGCAGUCUCGAUCAGUAGUGCUGCAGUCUGCCUACAGAAUGCAUCUCUCUCUUACUUCCUCUCUCUCUUGCAGUUCCGUCGACAUUGUGGGAUUACUCCUCGUGCUGCAUGUGCUAGUUUGUGACGUCGUCGGGCGACUCACAAUCAGCGGAAACACGACAGUGCGACUAGGACAGCGGAAACACUCGAUCUGCUGCCAUAGUCACGACGAGAACAACGAGGUCGGAUGGAAACGAGUGGUUCCAGAUGGGCAGACCUCACUUCCGGUUCCACUGUGCGUGUCUGUCAGACGUGAGAGCGUCUGUGCGGUCGGAGAGAGGGGCAGCACAACGUUGAAGUUUGGUACAAUAACGCUGCAGUCAGCUGGCGUCUUCGCCUGCACAGCAGUAAACACAUUAGGAAAACUUGUAAAGAACGUCAACGUCACCGUGUUGGCCACGCCUUUUUAUCACGUGACUUUGCCCAGUUUGCGUCUACGCACAGAUGUUGUGGCGAGGGAGUCUGAAGACGGCUUGCUGAUUGGUGCGACUUCUGGGUUGUCAGAUGGUGAGAGUGAAAACGGAAGUGACGUCAAUGGAGAGGAGGUCGGUCUGGUGGCAGUUUUGGUGUGCAUCUCGGUCGCUGUGACGACUUUCUGGGUGGCGAUGGCUUUGCUGUGUUGUCGCACUGGUUGUAGACGUAGAGCGGUCUCAGUUGGAGAGACCGAGAAAGCAACACCUACUGCAGUCUAGUAGUCUAGUGUGUGUAUGUACAGUCUACAUCUCUUAUUGUUAGUUGUUACAGUUUAAUUGAAUAAUAUGUUAAUGUCCUGUUAAAUAGAAAUCUAGUUAACAUAAAAUUUAUUGUUUGCACAUACUA